CGACAACAAAGCGUAUGUUUGGUUUCCCACAGGCCGUGAACGCUAUCUGAAAAUGAAAAUAUGUGAAUCAGAGCCAUUCGUCAAAUCUUCACUGCCGAGCACCAUUAUCUAUUAUGUUGUACAGCCAACACAAGGUGUUUCUUGGUGAAAAGUAGACUGAAAAAAACUUCAACUAUAAUGGGAGUAUUGUGAUACAGGCCAGAAAACAUUUGAAAUCGUAUUAUAGAAGCAUAAUUUAGGUGCAAUUGAAAGAAGCCAGCAUUCUGUUAAUCUUAGCAUGGAUGAAGCAAGUACUGUACAAGUUAAGCCUGCACCACCUCCAAAUAAUGACUAUGGUGAAUUACCAUGCCUUGAAGACAGUACAGCGGAAAGCACGGACACAAGUCCUCCAGCACAUUCUGAGGUAAUGGAGAACUCAACUAUCGGUCCAGUAUCACAACUAAAUAGAAUGUCUUUCAAUUUGGAUGACACACUACCAGUACAAUUCAAUCGAAUAGCCUCAGAUAUGGAAAGUAGGAUGCAACUGAUCAAGAAAAAAAGACGACGAAACCCAAACACAAUGCUUGAAUGCGAUGAAUGUAGUGCUACAUUUCGAUUAUUGCAGGAUUUUAUUAAGCAUAAAAAGUUGCAUGCUGGGGAGGAAUUGUACCAAUGUCAUAUUUGUGGUAAGACGUACACACGUCGUGAUAACAUGAAAUUGCAUAUGAGGAUUCACAUCAAAGAAAGGCCAUUUUCGUGUGUUCAGUGUGGCGAGACUUUUCGUUAUCGACCAAACUUGACUCGGCAUAAGCAUACCAAGCAUGGUCUUCCCAAAGCAUAUUCUUUAUCUGUGCGUAAAACAGUGCAACCACGAACUGCUGAUACCGAAAGGUCAAUUUUGACAGGUCUUCUACCGCACUAUGGAAUGUUUCCCCAAAAUAACUCUGUUAAUUUGGAUGGAUUACAGUCUCUGGUCAAUUCUGUGCAGUCAACCUCCACAGCAGUCAGUGCGACAAAUCAGAUAUCCAAUCAAGCCAUGUUAAACCAAACUAUUGAAAUGGGACACAGUGCACAUAUGCCAAUCAUUGGUCAAGUAUAUUCUCUUAAUGAGCAGCAAUCCCCAAAUUAUUCUCAUAUACCUGUAUCACAGAUUGACCAAUCAAGAUUGCAGUCACAUGCACAUUAUUUAGACAAAGAAUACCUACACAGAUCUCAAAUGCUUUCAAUACAAAACCAUGCCGGAAAUAGUAACAAUGUUACAGACCAGGAAUCCAAUCCUAGUGCAUCAAGUCCCUCGUUACCUCAUUCAGUCAGCGAGGGCAGCAACUCCAUUAAUAGGAAAACUGAAGAAUUAAUUUCACAUUCACAAACAAGCGACGACAAAGAAAUAAAUAAUGAUGUAUUAGCGGUUCACUGGAAGGUAGAUAGAAAAGAAGGUAUGAUUCGUGAAGUUAUUGAUGAGACAAAACAUUGUGGGAAAGACAGAAACGAUCCCUCACAGGAAACUGCUUUGCUAGAUAAGGAUAGUGCCAGGACCAAUACUGAUCAUAGGGAUGACACUGCAUGUAGUAAUAGUCAAGAUGACACAGAGAAGUGCACUGAUGACGUUCCUUGUUCUUCGCAAACCGAUGAAACAUCAUGUAGAAAUAGUCAAGAUGUCACAGAGAAGUGCACUGAUGUUCUUUAUAGUCCACAAAGAAAGGAAGAAAGGUUGAAAAAAGUUAAUAUUGUUGGCAAAUCCAAUUCACCAACAAGACUCCCAUUAUCUAGAGUUAGUUUGAAACUAAAUAGCCAUAAUCUUUUGAGAUUGGGAAGUCGUCGAAAGCAAUGCUUGCCAUUAAGACUGUCCAUGGGACUUGCUAAAAAAAGCAAUGAAGUGUUAAUCAGAGAUGAAGAUGGAGCAGAAGAUAAUGAGACAAGUAGUAGUGUUGAAUGUACAUCAUGCGAGCGUUUUAAUGAAUUUAAAUGUCAAUAUUGUGAGAUUGCCUUUCCUGAUUUGUCUAUGUUCAUGAUUCACCGUGGUUGCCACGGGAGAGAAGGUGCCUUCCAGUGCAAUGCAUGUGGACAGGAUUGCAAAGAUCGUGUGGAAUUCAAUGCACAUAUUAUCAAGGGACACUUUAUGUGA